AUGAGUGGAUCAGGAUCUAAUCAAGAAGCUUCUUUACCAUCAAAUCCAUUUAUAAAUAAUAAUAGUGCAACAAUAACAUCACCUGAUGUUAUUCGACUAAGGCGAUGGGUGAUUCAAAAUUAUUCAAUCCUUUGGUUAGAUGAGUGCAUGGACGAAACAAGCAAAGAUUAUGAAAAUAGUUUGACACAAAUACGAACUAUCGCCGACAAUGUGACCGUCUUUAAGCAACGUGAUGAAUGCAUCGACUUUCUGACAGAUGGUCAAGAAGACAUCAAGUCUUAUCUGGUUGUCGAAAAUAGUAUGGCUCAACAAAUCAUACCCCUUAUUAAUGAUAUCCCUCAACUGGAUAGUGUUCAUGUCUUCGGUAACAUUAAAUCCUUAAGUGAAGAACCGACAAAAAAAUGGCAAAAAAUCAAGAGGGUUCAUACCAAUACCGAUGAUUUAUGUCAAGCAUUACAAUUCGGUAUUAAACAAUACCAUCAAGACUCGAUAGCCAUGAGUUUUAUUACAGCAAAUGAAAUGGCCUCAACUGAUAAUUUGAAUCAGUUGGAGCCAACAUUUAUGUACACCCAAAUAUUCAAGGAUAUUCUUCUUGAUAUGGAACAUGGCAAACAAGCCAUCAAACAUUUUACCGCUUACUGUCGAAAUAAUAACAGCGUCUCACCAACUAAUAUCGACCGUUUUGAGAAAGAAUACCAUGCUCAAUCCGCUAUCUGGUGGUAUACUUUCCCAUCCAAUAUCUAUUCAAUGCUCAAUUAUGCUCUUCGCUCUAUGGAAGGCGAUACUAUUAUUAAUAUGGGUUUUUUUAUUAAUGAUCUUCAUCAACAAAUCCUGGAACUAUACCACAAACAGGUUAAUAGUGAUCAUGGCAAAUCAUUCAUAGUUUACCGGGGACAAGGUUUGUCAAAAGCAAAUUUUGAAGAACUCAAAAAAACAGAAGCUGGUUUACUGUCUUUCAAUAACUUUUUGUCCACUAGUACCGAGCAAGACGUAGCUCUCGGACUUGCUUACAGUGCAUCAGAAAACGUGGAUAUGGUUGGCAUUCUAUUUGUAAUGUCUGUUGAUCCCAAUGUAAAAUCAGCACCAUUCGCUUCUAUCAAAGAGUUGAGCUAUUUUAGGGAAGAGGAUGAAAUCCUCUUUUCAAUGCACACCGUGUUUCGAGUGAGUGCAAUUAAACAGAUGGACGAUAACAAUCAACUUUAUCAAGUUGAAUUACAAUUAACAUCGGAUGAUGAUCAACAAUUACGAUUACUUACUGAUCGGAUACGAACAGAAGCUGGUGGUACUGGAUGGCACAGACUGGGUAACUUAUUGCUUAAAAUCGGUCAAUUUAAUAAAGCUGAAGAACUUUGUAGCGUAUUACUCCAACAGACAUCUGAUGAGAGCGAAAAAGCGCUUUAUUAUGGUUCUCUCGGAUGUGUCAAAAUAGGACAGGGUGAUUAUGAAAAAGCUAUUUGGUAUUACGAACAAGGACUUAAAACGUAUCAAAAAACUAUUCGUUCAUAUCAUCCUUAUUUGGCUACUUCAUACAAUAACAUUGGUGCUGUGUAUGACAUGAUGGGAGACUACUCGAAAGCACUUUCAUCUCUCGAAAAAGCACUUGAAAUUCGACAAAAAACUCUUCCUUCAAAUCAUUCUGAUUUGGCCACGACGUACAACAGCAUCGGUUUGGUGUAUAAAAACAUGGGCGAGUACUCGAAAGCAACUUCAUUUUACGAAAAAGCGCUUGAAAUGUAUCAAAAAACUCUUCCUUCAAAUCAUCCGGAUUUGGCUACUUCAUAUAAUAACAUCAGUGCUGUGUAUGACAUGAUGGGAAACUACUCGAAAGCACUUUCAUCUCUCGAAAAAGCACUUGAAAUUAAACAAAAAACUCUUCCUUCAAAUCAUCCGUCAUUGGCUACGUCAUACAACAACAUCGAUUUGGUGUAUAAAAACAUGGGAGAGUACUUGAAAGCACUUUCAUUUUAUGAAAAUGCACUUAAAAUGUAUCAAGAAACUCUUCCUUUAAACCAUCCUUUAUUAGCCAAUUCAUACAGCAACAUCGGUUUUAUUUAUAGCAAGAUGGGAGAGUACUCGAAAGCACUUUCAUCACACGAAAAAGCACUUGAUAUUCGACAAAAAACUCUUCCUUCAAAUCAUCCGUCAUUGGCUACGUCAUACAACAACAUUGGUUUUGUGUAUGGCAAGGUGAGAGAGUACUUGAAAGCACUUUCAUUUUAUGAAAAAGCACUUAAAAUGUAUCAAAAAACUCUUCCUACAAAUCAUCAUCAUAUGGCUACUUCAUACAACAACAUCGCUGCUGUGUAUACACAGAUGGGAGAGUACCCUCAAGCACUUUCAUUUUACGAAAAAUCAAUUGAAAUCCAUCAAAAAACUCUUCCUUCAAAUCAUCCUUCAUUGUCUAUUUCAUACGACAACAUCGGCUUCAUGUAUAACAGCAUGAGGCAGUACUCGAAAGCACUUUUAUCUCUCGAAAAAGCACUUGAAAUUAAACAAAAAACUCUUCCUUCAAAUCAUCCAGAUUUGGCUACUUCAUAUAAUAACAUCGGUGCUUUGUAUGACAUGAUGGGAGACUACUCGAAAGCACUUUCAUUUUAUGAAAAAGCACUUAAAAUCUAUGAAGAAACUCUUCCUUCAAAUCAUCCGGAUUUGGCUAGUUCAUUCAACAACAUCGGUAAUCUGUGUAACAUGAUACGAGAAUACCCGAAAGCGCUUUCAUUUUACGAAAGAGCACUAGAAACUAUACAAAAAACUCUUCCUACAAAUUAUCCUUAUUUGGCUAUUUCAUACAAUAACAUCGCUAAUGUGUACGACAAGAUGGGAGAGUACUCGAAAGCACUCUCAUAUUUUGAACGUGCUCUGGACAUAUUCCAGCAAAAAACAAUUGAUUUAUUUUUUCAAAUUCAUAAACCAAAUGAUAUAAAUUUAAUUAUAUUUUUUAAUGCAUGUGCUGAAUUAGGUGAUGAAAAAAGUUUCAAAUUAGGUAAACAAAUCUAUUUAAAAUUAUUAUCAAAUAGGAAAUUACUUAGUGAAAAAUUAGCUCAUUCGAUAUUAAAUAUGUUUAGUAAAUACUCAGAUAUUGAAAGUACAAAAAAAGUAUUUCCUCAAUUAAAUCGAAAUGAAAUGACAUAUGGAUUAAUGAUGAAUAUGUAUAAUAAGCGAAAUGAACCAAAACAAACUUUAAAUUUAUAUGAAGAAAUGAAACGAGAAAAAAUUCAACCAAAUGAGCAAAUAUAUUUUAAUUCUUAA